AGUCAACCGAUCCGGCGUGAAUCGACCGCGCGACGCACCCGCUUCGUCCUCAUCUCCACUCCAUCUCUCCCGACUCCCGAGUCUCGACUCUCGACCCCGUCCUCCAUGUCUGACGCGUACAAGAAAGCCAAAGCCGGCCGCCUCGUCUUCAAGGGCGGCGAGGCUGCCUCCCUCCACAAGCCGAAGAAGCACAAGAAGAAGAAUAAGAAGCCCGCCUCCGAUGCCCCCGCCGACGGUGAUGUCGAGGCCGCGGCGGCCGCGGCCGCGGAGGGCGCCGAAGGCGGAGGCGGUAGCGGCGCCGGCGACGAUUACACCAUCGACGCGGCGAAGAGGAUGAAGUACGAGGAGCUCUUCCCCGUAGAGGCCAAGAAGUUCGGGUACGACCCCGCCAACGCCGCCCGCGCCGCCGCCCGCAAUCGCUCCGUCGAGGAGGCCCUUGACGACCGCGUGCGCAAGAAGGCCGACCGCUACUGCAAGUGAGGUGGCUCAUUCACUGUAGCUAUUUGCACCAGUAAUGGAGAGAGGCUCACUUGACUUAGCUCAGUGUAUCAGAGAUGGUAUCUUUGGAUAAGUCAGGCCUAGAUGGUGUAUUGUCAUUUAGCUAGUCUCAGUACUGUUGAAGCAUUUUCUUAAAUGCAUAUGUACCAGUAAGCAGAAGGAUGCUUGCAUCUGUUCUGACAUGAUUUUAUUCCACCCUCUUUCUUUCAUGGAUUGGCCAUUUAGAGAAUACCAGAUGGUUCACACCAGUGUUAUUGCAUUUGUAUUUGAAAUACAGUUACAAGCCUGGAAAGUUUUCCUAUGCAGUGCUGUCUUUUAUCCUUUUGAAUCGCUACUACUCAACCAGUAGCAGUAGCAAGUAUAUGAUCUAUAUCUUCUAGUGGAGACAUUGAGUGA